AUGCAGCCGUACCAUGCAGACUAUAUGGUUGUACCGAGCAAAAUGGACAAAAUAUUCGCUGAGCUUCUUGCUCAUAAGAUGAACCGGAGCGUACUGAUACUCAACGUACAACGCAAGAUUGAGGACACCCGCAGUGGUGCUAUCAAAUGGACCGAAGACACGCUGAGACUUGGUCAUCGAUUGAACUGGAAAGCAUAUCCCACUCCAAACAUAAUAGACGAAUACUACGAAUAUUUGAAAGAAAAUUUCCGUUCGAUAUGCCAAAUAAACAAUAUCGGAAACUCGGUAGAAAACAGAUCUAUUAAGGCGAUAUCAAUUUCUAACGGGAACCCGAAAAACCAGCCGGUCGUAAUAGUGGGCGGGCAGCACUCACGGGAGUGGGUUGGUGUGUCCUCUGCACUGUACAUCGCCAACGAGAUCGUAACCAAGUUUGACACGCAGCCGUACUACAUGACAAGCAAAGAUUGGUACAUCGUGCCUCUAUUGAACCCAGACGGCUAUGCGUACACGCACACUGUCGACCGGCUGUGGCGCAAGAACCGGCGGCGCAAUAGGCACUCCAGCUGCCCAGGCGUAGAUCUGAACAGGAAUUUUCCAACACCUUGCUCUCCAAAAGCAUCCCUUAAUACCACAUAUUAUUCUGACCGUGUGCCGCCUAACGUAAAACACUGGGCAGUGCCUGGAGUCACAGAACAUUACGAAUGCGAAGAAGAUUACGCUGGUCCGUUCCCGUUGUCUGAACCAGAAAGCAUUGCUUUACUUGUGAGUAAGACGGACAAAAUCACGCCCGUAAUCCUUAUCGAGAAUUUGCUCGACAUUGUGCGCUCGACGCCACGCGCCUUCAUCGACUUGCACAACUACGGACAAAUGGUACUAUACCCUUGGGGCAUCAAAGAUUACGCACAGGCGGGGCGAGAGUACUUAAUAUCCACUGCUGAGGGGAUUAAAAGGGAUAUAUACAACAUAACCCGUGCGCUAUACAGAUCCGGUACUCCUCCCAGUCUGAUGUACCCAGUAUCCGGCACUGCCAUAGACUGGUUCCAUUCUAAAGGAACUCCACUGUCAUAUGCCAUAGAGAACAGAGAUACGGGGGGACACGGCUUCCUACUACCGCCAAAUGAGAUUGAAAUUGCAGGGAAGGAAAUGCUAAUUGCAGCAAGGCAUGUAGCCAAAGUUCUUGACCCCGGCAUAGUGAUGAGAGAUGGUGUUCAACACAGGUGGUUUUAA